AUGGCAUCACUGGCAAACAAGGUCCAAGAAGCAGCGGCCCGCAACAGCGAGCUGCUGCGCAUCCUCCUCGAGACAGACCACGCCGCGCCAGAUCUCGAGAACCAAAACGCCUACAUCGCCGACCUCGACAAGCAGCUCUCAAGCCUGGAGAAGCGGAUCGCGACCCUGGGCCAUGAGCGCUUUAAAGAGCACAAUGACCACGAGAAGUACCGCGACUCGGUCCUGAAGCGCUUCGCCUACCGCGUGAGCGGUAAGACGGAGAAGUUCGCCGCCAAGGCCGAAAAGGAGGAGCGCGACUACUUCGACGCCCUGCAGAAGGAACACCAGGCGAAGGCGGAGAGGGACUCCCUGACGCAGAUGCGCUCCGAGGCCCAGACGGCGCGCAAUGAUCUCGAGGCCCGGCUGGGCCGCCACACGCAGGCGCAGCAGGAACUCGACAGUCUCUACGACAGCCUCUUCCAAGGGCCGACUCCAGAGUUCCCGGAAGAGGACAGCUCGGAGCGCAACGCCGCGGACGCUUCGCGGGCAUACCAUGACUCACGCCUCAGGACGGAGGCCGAGACGCAGGUCGUGAGCAGCUUAGCCCAAGCCCAACAGCGAUUGAACGCCGCGGCGACAGCCACCGAGGAGGCGCUGGACUACAGCCGCAUGGACAUGUCUGGCGGCGGCUCGCUCACCGACAUGAUGGAGCGCAACGCCCUCUCCCAAGCCGAGACCCAGGUCAGCCAGAUGAUGUCGCUGGUCAGCCAGGCGCAGCGCAUGUCGCCGCACGUGCAGGCCCUGCCGCCGGUGCGCAUUGCCCAGGACAGCCUCAUGAGCGACGUCUUCUUCGACAACAUCUUCACCGACAUGGACUUCCACGACAAGAUCAAGGGGUCCAAGGACGAGCUCCAGCGCUGCGGCGGCGCCUUGCGGGCUCAGUUGGCGAACGCCCAGGCUCGACACCACGCCUGCGAACAGGAGACGAGCGCGAAGUCCCAGGCGUUGAAGGAUGCGCGGUUGGAGCUGCAGAGGGCUAGAGAGCGCAUCUUUGAGCGGAUUAGCGGUGGUGAGGUUGGGACGGUACCCCAGGGGCAGACAUCCGCCGACGAUCCGCCGCCUCCGUAUCAGUAG